AUAUGGAAUUAUUUAUUUAUACAAACAUAUAAAUAUUUAAAAGGAUAUUAAUUUGUUAAAUAAUUAUCCUGAAAGAUGGGAGAUCAGCUGAUUAUUUGUUUGAUCAAAUGGUUAGGUACAUUUGAUCUUCAGGCUGCUCAUUCAACCCCAGAAGAUAUAAGCGAUGGCGUAGCAUUGGCAGAAGUUUUGGCACAAAUAGCACCAGAAUGGUUUACAGCAGUUUGGAAGGCAAAAAUAAAGACAGAUGUUAAUUCUAAUUGGCGUCUUAAAGUAAGCAAUCUUAAAAAAAUUGUUGAAGCUGUAAUGGAAUAUUAUAUAGAAUGUUUGAAUCAACAAUUGUCCGGCUACAUAAAGCCAGAUGCCGGAAAGAUAGGAGAACAUUGCGAUAGAGAUGAAUUGUGUCGUUUGCUACAACUUAUUCUUGGAUGCGCAAUAAAUUGCAAUCAAAAACAACAAUAUAUAACUAGAAUUAUGAGUAUGGAAGAGUCGGUGCAACAAGCUAUUAUGCAAAGUAUUCAAACGUUAGAAAGUAGCAUGCACGGUCCUAGAUUAAGUUUGGGUACUAGUCUUAACUUUGAAUCAUUAGAUGUAGCUGAUGGUGCUCAACAAAGAUUAUUAUCAGAACUACAAAUCGCAGUAGAUAUGAAAGAACAAUUAGAACAAAGAUGUCACGAACUUGAUCAACAACUUUCUUUUCUUCAGGAAGAAAAAGUAGGAUUGAUUGCUGAAAAUAAGAAACUCCAAGAGAGACUAGACGAAUUUGAAAAUCCUGAAGAUACCGGUUCUAUCUUAAAAUAUUCUAGUCUUCGAAAACAAGUAGAAAAUUUGAAAGAUGAAGUAUUUAAAUUGGAGACCUCUAGAGAUGAUUAUAGAUUAAAAGUAGAAUUAUUAGAGAAAGAAGUAUUAGAAUUACAAACUAAGCAAGAAGAUUUACAAAAAGCUGCUGACGAAGCUAAUAUCCUAAAAGAUGAAGUAGAUGCAUUACGUGAAACAGCAGAUAAAAUAGCUAAGUACGAAGUUACUAUAGACUCUUAUAAAAAGAAGAUGGAAGAUUUGAGCGAUUUAAGACGACAAGUUAAAAUUCUGGAAGAAAAAAAUAUGGAAUAUUUACAAGCCAAAAUUGAUUAUGAGGAAGAGAAUAAACGAGUUACCAUGUUACGUAAUCAUCUAGAACUCUGUAAACAACAACUUGCAGAAGUUAGUCAUAAGUUAGAUGAACAAAGUAAUAAAUGUGAUAGGCUUGAAUUUGAAGGAAAAAAAAUGGAAGCAAACCUGAGCGCACUGCAAAGAGAAAGAGAUAGAUUAAUUAUAGAACGGGAUGCUUUGAAAGAAACUAAUGAGGAAUUAAAAUGUACUCAAUUACAAGCAGCAGAAAAUAUUGCUAAACCUAUGUCAGAUGAUGCAGUAGGAAAUACGGAAAUGAUUCCGCUUGAAGUUAAAGAGAAAUUAUUAUUUUUACAAUAUGAAAAUAAAAUGUUAAAAUUAAAACAAAAAGGUAACGAUGAUAAAUUACCUACGGUACAAGCAUUACUUGAACAUUCUGAAGAACAAUUAAAUAAUCUCAGAGGACAAAAUCGUGAAGCUAAUCAGAGGAUAAUUGUAUUAGAAAAUAAAUUAGAAGAAGCUAUUGGGAAUCAAUCUAGUACUUAUAAUAAAAAUGACAAUAUUACGUUACAGCAAAAAGUAACACAAUUACAGGAUGAAUUAAGAAGAGCGCAAGUUGAACGAGAACGUUUGGUAUUACAAAUUGAGGAUCGAGAUAAUGCUUCUCAAAGUCAGAAACAAAAAGUUUUUGCAUUGCAAGAAAAAUUAACGCGACGCGAAUAUGAGAAUGCAGCACUUGAAGAACGUUAUAAGAAAUACAUUGAGAAAGCAAAAAGUGUUAUUAAAAGUUUAGAUCCUAAGCAAAAUAAUUCUUCACCUUCGGAAAUAGUUGUACUACGCAAUCAAAUUAUAGAACAACGUAAAAUGAUUGAAGAUAUGGAAAGAUCUUUAAAAGAAUCUAAGAUGGUCAGAGAAAUGGAAGAGAAGCUAAUGAUAUCAGCAUUUUAUCGUUUAGGAUUAUCCUCUCAUAGAGAAGCUUUAGAUCAACAUCUUAUGGCACUUAACACGGGACAAGGGCAAUCUUUUCUUGCCAGGCAAAGACAACCUCCAGCAAGACGCUAUCCGCAAUUUAAUUCUAAGUGAAAUACGACGAGAUAUAUCUUAUUGACAAGUUUUUACUAUAACAUUAGAUUUAAUAUAUAUAUAAUUUUAUUUAAUAUGAUUCAUACAUUAUACUA